AUGACCGUCGCCAUCACGAUCCAGCGGUACAUGAUCGCUGAGCUAACGGUCUACCCGGACACCGGUAUGCUGCCGACAGACGCGCAGACAGACAGGCCAGCCCCAACCCACAACGUCAUCACGGUGGUUAGAGACGAGGAAGAAGAGUUCAGCCACGGCUCAGACGGCGCAGUGGAGGCACGUGCAGCUUCCAAGGUAGUCAAGCCCAAGACCGACAUCCCAUUCGAGCUGAAGGUAUGCACCUACAACGCCCUCACCGAUAAAGGGUUCAACGCGGGAGGGGGCGAGGACGAGGUUGGAGCGGCUGCCAGACAGCAGGAGCCAGCGCUCGCCGUGAAGAACGCCAGCUUCCACCUCGGCGAAGUGCAGGCAGGGAGCCAGGCGGCGGUGACCGGCUACUGGCACGAAUUGUACACCCUCUUCGAGCAGGACGCCGCCCUGGAGGACGCCGCCGGCGGCGUGGAGCAUUGGGAGGAGGGUCCUGCAGAGGGCGCCGGCAGCGAGGCCUCGGAGGACGAGCCCGGAGCCUCCUCGCGGCAGCCAGCGGGCGAGGCCUCCAGGGGGCCCGUCGUGGGCUACUCGGUCCGCGUAAGGGUCGCGCACGCGGGCGCCGUGUUGGCUCUCGGCGCGGAAGGCCACCCGCGGCCCUGCGGCGUGCCGGUCGUGCCCGGGGCCGCCGCAGGCACCCUCGGCGACCAGGCGCAGUUGUGCAUGGAAUCCUGGGAGGUAACCGUGAUGCAGCUCGCCGCUGGCAGUGGUGCCGAGGGCGGGCCGAGCGUCACCGGCCUGGUGCGGAGCCUCGCCGUCUUCCUCCACAGGCGGAGUGACGGCGGCCAGGAGCAGACUCCGAUGCAGGCGGGGAUGGCCAGGAGGGCGAGGGGUCAGCAGGCUCUCCGCCGAGGCCGCAGCUUCGGCGUUGACUGCGAGCUGCGGCAGCAGCUCUGGGCGCCGCUUCUCCCCUGCAUCACGGCGCCCAGAGGCGACUUCUCUCCGCCGCCAUCGCGCCGCAUCCCCUGGCAGGCAGUCUCGCUCAUGAGUGGUCUUUGA